AGGAGCCGGCGAGCGCGCACACCGCCGCCCGCAGCCCUGCCCCGGCCUGGCCGGCACCUGCGUCCAUCAUGUUCAAGGGGCUGAGCAAAGGCGCCCAGGGGAAGGGGUCCCCCAAAGGGUCCCCAGCCAAAGGAUCUCCCAAGGGCUCCCCCAGCAAGCACAGCCGGGCUGCCACCCAGGAACUGGCCCUGCUCAUCUCUCGCAUGCAAGCCAACGCGGACCAGGUGGAGAGAGACAUCCUGGAGACGCAGAAGCGGCUGCAGCAGGACCGGGUGAACAGCGAGCAGAACCAGGCCCUGAAACACCAGCAGGAGACAGGCCGUAACCUGAAGGAAGCCGAGGUACUGCUCAAAGAUCUCUUCCUGGAUGUGGACAAGGCCCGGCGGCUCAAGCACCCGCAGGCUGAGGAGAUUGAGAAGGACAUCAAGCAACUGCACGAGCGGGUGACCCAGGAGUGUGCCGAGUACCGUGACCUGUACGAGAAGAUAGUGCUGCCGUCGGACGUGGGUCCCCGCGUGGACUGGGCGCGCGUGCUGGAGCAGAAGCAGAAGCAGGUCUGUGAGGGACAGUAUGGGCCAGGCAUGGCAGAGCUGGAGCAGCAGGUGGCCGAGAAUAAUAUACUACAGAGGGAGAUCGAGGCAUAUGGGCAGCAGCUGCGGACCCUCGUGGGGCCGGAUGCAGCCACCAUCCGGAGCCAAUACCGGGACCUACUGAAAGCAGCCUCCUGGCGUACACAGAGCCUGGGCAGCUUGUACACGCACCUGCAGGGCUGCACGCGGCAGCUGAGCGCCCUGGUGGAGCAGCAGCACCGCAUCCUGCAGCAGGACUGGAGCGACCUCAUGGCCGACCCUGUGGGCGUGAGGCGGGAGUACGAGCACUUCAAGGAGCACGAGCUGCUGGCCCAGGAGCAGAGCGUGAACCAGCUGGAGGACGACGGCGAGCGCAUGCUGGAGCUCGGCCACCCGGCUGCGGGGCCCAUCCAGGUCCACCUGGAGGCCCUGAAGGUGGAGUGGCAGAACUUUCUGAAUUUGUGCAUCUGCCAGGAGCGCCAGCUGCAGCACGUGGAAGACUACCGCCGGUUCCAGGAAGAAGCCGACUCAGUCAGCCAGACCCUGGCGAGGCUGCAUUCCAACUUGGACACCAAGUACAGCCCUGCUCCUGGGGACCCCACCGGCUCCCCUGCAGAGCUGCUGAGGCAGCUGGAGGCGGAGGAGAAGCAGCUGAGAAUGGCCGAGAGGGCUCUCGGGGACCUGCAGCGACAGAGCCAGGAGGUGGCCCCUCUGCCACAGCGCAGGAAGCCACCCCAGCAGCCCCUGCACGUGGACAGCAUCUGCGACUGGGACUCGGGAGAAGUGCAGCUGCUUCGGGGCGAGCGCUACACCCUGGUGGACAACGCCGACCCGCACACCUGGGUGCUGCAGGGCCCCGGCGGGGAGACCAAAAGCGCUCCGGCUGCCUGUUUCUGCAUCCCAGCGCCCGACCCUGAGGCCGUGGCCUGGACCUCCAGGCUGGCAUCCGAGCUGCAGGCCCUGAAACAGAAACUGGCCACAGUCCAGAACAAUCUGAAGGCUACAGCGGAGGAGCCCUUACAGCGUGCUCCAGCUGGCUCAGCCCCAGUCGACCCCCAGGCCCAGAGGCUCCUGACACAUAUGACCCAGCUGGACGGGGACCUGGGGCAGGUAGAGAGACAGGUGCUGGGCUGGACCCGGACUCCACUGAACCGCACUGCGCCCUUGGAGGACCUGGAAGGCCGCAUCCACAGCCUCCAGGGCACAGUACAGCACCUGCAGAGUCUGGGCGCUGAGAAGGAGGUGGCCCAGCGGGAGUGUGAGGUGUUCCUGUCUGCUCGGCCCGUGGGCCCAGCCGCCCUGCAGCUGCCCACGGCCCUCAACAGUGUCAAGAACAAAUACAGUGACGUGCAGGUUCUGUGCAGUCUCUACGGGGAGAAAGCCAAGGCGGCCCUGGGUUUGGAGCAGCAGCUUCUGGAUGCGGACAAGGUCAUCCGAGGCUUUGAGUCCCACCUGGCACAGGAAGCCCCCAUCCCCGAGGGCCCGGGAGCCCUGCAGGGGAGGGUCAGCGAGCUGCAGCACCAGUGGCGGGAGCUGCUGGAGCGGCAGGCGUGCGUGCUGGGCCUGCACCGCCAGCUGAAGGCCGCCGAGCACGCGUGCGGCGCCCUGCAGAACAACUUCCGGGAGUUCUGCCAAGACCUGCCGCGCCAGCAGCGCCAGGUGCGGGCCCUCACCGACCGCUACCACGCUGUGGGGGACCAGCUGGACCUACGGGAGAAGACAGUGCAGGACGCCAGCCUCGCCUACCAGCAGUUCAAGAACCGCAGAGACAACCUGAGCUCCUGGCUGGAGCAGCUGCCUCACAACCAGGUGCGGCCCAGUGAUGGGCCCAGCCAGAUCGCCUACAAGCUGCAAGCACAGAAGAGGCUGAUGCAGGAGAUCCAAGGCCGAGAGCAGGACAGGGCCACGGUGUCCCGUCUGUCCCAGGACCUGCAGGCAGCUCUCCACGAGUACGAGCUGCAAGCAGAUACCUAUCGCUGCUCCUUGGAGCCCACCCUGGCGGUGUCAGCCCCCAAGAAACCCCGGGUGGUCCCCCUGCGGGACAGCAUCCAAGCCCAGGAGAAGAGCCUGGCCAAGGCCUACACGGAGGCCGCAGCUGCCCACCAGCAGCAGCUGCAGCAGCUGGAGUUCGCGAAGAAGAUGCUGGAGAAGAAGGAACUCAGCGAGGACAUGCAGAUGUCCCACGAUGCCAAGCAAGGGGCCGAGAGCUCGGGCCAGGCAGGGAGCGGCCCAGAGGUCCUGCAGGCCCAGCUGGAGGAGGAGAGGCAGCGGGUGGCCCAGGUGCAGCGUGAGCUGGAGGAGCAGCGGCACCAGCUGCUGCAGCUGAAGACGCAGCGGCCCGUGGAGAGGCUGGAGGAGAAGGAAGUGGUGGAGUUCUACCGGGACCCCCAAGUGGAGAGCCAGGUGGCCAGGCUGAAGUCCCAGGUGGAGGAAGAGGGCAAGAGGCGGGCCGGCCUCCAGGCAGACCUAGAGGCGGUGGCUCAGAAGGUGGCUCAGCUGGAGAGCAGCAGGAAGAACCUGCAGCCUCACCUGCUGACCAAGGAGAUCACCCAGAUUGAGCGCGAUCCCAGCCUGGACCACCAGGCCAGUCGGCUGAGCAGAGACAUCCAGCAGUUGUGCGGGGAGAACACCGUGAUCUCGGCCCAGCUGGAGGCGGUGAAGAAGGAGCUGCUGGCCUUGGAGCAGAAGGAGGCAAACGUGAAGGAAAAGGUCGUGGUGAAGGAGGUGGUCAAGGUAGAGAAGGAUCUGGAAAUGGUCAAAGCCACUCAGGCCCUGAGGCUUCAGAUCAAGGAGGACGGAGCACGGAGGAAGGGGGCGGAGGAGGCUGCGGCCAAGCUCCAGGUUCGCAUCAAAGAUCUGGAGCAGAUAAUCAGCUCGGUGGAGCCCAAGGUCAUCGUGAAGGAGGUCAAGAAGGUAGAGCAGGACCCCAGCCUCCUCAAAGAGUCCUCCAGGCUGCGGAGCCUCCUGGAGGAGGAGAGGAACAAGAACGCGGCGCUGGCCAGGGAGCUGAGGGACCUGCAGGACAAGUACAUGGUGGUUGAGAAGCAGACGCCGAAGGUGCAGCUGCAGGAGCGAGUCAGCGAGAUCUUCCACGUGGACCCGGAGACGGAGCAGGAGAUCGGCCGGCUCAGGACCAAGCUGCGGGAGACGGCGGAACGCAGGAGCAGCGUGGAGCAGCAAGUGGAGGAGCUGCUGCCCGACCUGACGGUCCUGCGGGCCCAGAAGCCCACGGUGGAGUACAAGGAGGUGACCCAGGAGGUGGUGAGGCACGAGAAGAACCCGGAGGUGCUGCGGGAGAUCGAUCGCCUCAAGGCCCAGCUCAACGAGCUGGUCAAUGCCAGCGGCCGCUGCCAGGAGCAGCUCAUCCGGCUGCGGGGAGAGCGGGACGAGUGGAAGCGGGAACGGUCCAAGGUGGAGACCAAGAUGGUGACCAAGGAGGUGGUACGCCACGAGAAGGACCCCGUGCUGGAGAAGGAGGCCGAGCGCCUCCGCCAGGAGGUCCGCGAGGCCACCCAGAGGAGGCGGGCGGCGGAGGACGUGGUGUACGAGCUGCAGAGCAAGUUGCUGCUGCUGGAGAGGCGGCGUCCCGAGGAGAAGGUGGUGGUGCAGGAGGUGGUGCUCACCCAGAAGGACCCGCGGCUGCGGGAGGAGCACGGCCGGCUGAGCCGCAGCCUGGACGAGGAGGCGAGCCGGCGGAGGCAGCUGGAGCGCGAGGUCCGCCAGCUGCGCGCCGGCGUGGAGGAGCAGGAGGGCCUGCUCAGCUUCCGGGAGGACCGGAGCCGGAAGCUGGCGGCCGAGAAGGAGCUGCGCCAGCUGACGCUGAGGAUCCAGGAGCUGGAGACGCGGCCGCCCGCCGUGCAGGAGAAGAUCAUCCUGGAGGAGGUGGUGAAGCUGGAGAAGGACCCGGACCUGGCGCGCUCCGCGGAAGCCCUGCGGCGGGACCUGGAGCGCGAGAAGAGCCUGGCGACCGAGCUGCACCGGGAGUCCAAGCACCUGCAGGUCCAGAUCGACGUGCUGCAGCAAACCAAGGCUCACGAGAAGACCAUCUACAAGGAGGUGAUCCGGGUGGAGAAGGACCCGGCGCUGGAGGGCGAGCGCGCCCGGGCGUGGGAGGCGCUGAGCCGGGAGCGGGCCGCGCGCCAGGGCCGGCAGGAGGAGGCGCGGCGGCUGGCCGAGCGGGUGGAGCGGGCCGAGGCGCUGGGGAGGAGCUGGGCCCGCGAGGAGGCCGAGCUGCGGGACGCCCGGGACCGGGCCAGCCAGGAGCGCGAGCGGCUGCAGCAGGAGCUGCGGGCGCUGGAGCAGCGGAAGCAGCAGAAGGUGCGGCGGCUGGAGGAGGAGGCCGAGCUGCUCUGCCAGAAGACGGAGAGCGAGCGGCAGGAGGCGGCCCGGCGAGACCAGAGGCUGUCGCAGCUGGAGGCGGCCAUCCUGCAGGAGAAGGAGCAGAUCUACCAGAAGGAGAGGACCCUUCGGGACCUGCACGCCAAGGCGAGCCGAGAGGAGCUCAGCCAGGAGACCCAGACCAGGGAGACCAACCUUUCUACCAAGAUCUGCAUUCUGGAACCGGAGACCGGCAACGACAUGUCCCCUUACGAAGCCUACAAGAGAGGCAUCAUCGACCGGGGCCAGUACCUGCAGCUGCAGGAGCUCGAGUGCGACUGGGAGGAGGUCACCACCUCGGGGCCCGGCGGGGAGGAGUCCGUGCUCCUGGACCGCAAGAGCGGCAAGCAGUACUCCAUCGAGUCGGCCCUGCGCGGCCGCCGCAUCUCCAAGGAGGAGUACCACCUGUACAAGGACGGCCGCCUCCCCAUCUCCGAGUUCGCCUUGCUCGUGGCCGGGGAGGCCAAGCCCAGCUCCUCGCUGUCCAUCGGCUCCAUCAUCUCCAAGUCCCCGCUCUGCUCUCCCGUGCCCCAGAGCACCGUCUUCUUCUCCUCAGGCCUCUCCCUCGGGCUCACCGACGACAGCUUCCCCAUCGCCGGGGUCUACGACACCACCACGGACAACAAGUGCACCAUCAAGACGGCCGUGUCCAAGCACAUGCUGGACCCCAUCACCGGGCAGAAGCUGCUGGAGGCCCAGGCGGCCACGGGAGGCAUCGUGGACCUCCUCAGCAGGGAGCGCUACUCCGUGCACAAGGCGCUGGAAAGGGGGCUGAUCGAGAGCACCUCCGUGCAGAGGCUCCUCAACGCCCAGAAGGCCUUCACGGGCAUCGAGGACCCCGUCACCAAGAAGAGGCUGGCGGUGGGCGAGGCCGUCCAGAAAGGCUGGAUGCCCCAGGAGAGCGUGCUGCCACACCUGCUGGCGCAGCACCUGACGGGGGGGCUCAUCGACCCCAAGAGGACGGGGCGCAUCCCGGUGCCCCAGGCCGUGCUCUGCGGGAUGAUCAGCGAGGACCUGGGGCGGCUUCUGCAGGACGAGGCCAGCCACGAGAAGGAGCUGACCGACCCCAUCUCCAAGGAGCGGCUGAGCUAUAAGGAGGCCAUGGCGCGCUGCCGCAAAGACCCCCUCAGCGGCCUGCUGCUCCUCCCGGCGGCCCUGGAGGGCUACCGCUGCUACCGCCUGGCCUCCCCGGGCCUCCCCCGCUCCUGCGUGCGCUGACGGGGGCCAGAGGGGCAAGAGGGGGAGACACGGCCUCGCGCCAGGCGGCGAGUCUGCCCUCUGUCCAUCCGCCGCCCCGUGUUUGUGGUGUUGGGUUCCCUCCCCAACUUUGGUGCCUGGUCCCCUCCCCAGACAGGAUCCGCUCACCCCGCUUCCAAUAAAUGAAUUCGCUUGGUGCCA